UCUAAACGCAAUAAAAAAUAUAAUCGAUCGAUGGCUAGCAACAGUAAUGACAACCGCGACACAAAUGAAAGCAUUUGGCGGUUCAAAGGAAACGGCGCAACGAGUGAUGCAGCUGCGGUAACGUUGAGAAAGCUCGUCUUUGGAAUGUUUAAGAACUGCAACUUAAACAGUGGAAAGACCAUUUUGCCCUCCACCACUAAAAGCUUCAAAACUUGCCCUGAAGCGGAGGAAGCUGUGGCUGCAGCGGUCCGCUCCGGCAUGGCCAACUCUUAUGCCCCUAGCCCUGGAAUUUUCAACGCUAGAAGAGCGGUGGCAGAUUAUCUAAACGGAGAUCUUCCGACUAAGUUAAGUCCGGAAGACGUGUAUAUCACCGGCGGAUGCAACCAAGCGAUAGAGAUCUUAAUGGAUAGUCUUGCUGGAAACCCAUCAGCCAACAUUCUGCUUCCAAGACCAGGCUAUCCUCACUACGAUGCUCGUGCUGUUUAUAGCGGCGUGGAGGUACGCAAAUACGAUCUCCUCCCGGAAAGAGAUUUCGAGAUCGAUCUGAACGAACUUGAGGCUGUUGCCGAUGAGAAUACCGUUGCAAUGGUUCUCAUCAACCCGAACAACCCAUGUGGAAACGUCUACUCCUACGAUCAUCUUAACAAGGUUGCGGAGAUGGCUAGGAAACUCGGUAUAAUGGUUAUAUCCGACGAAGUAUAUGAUCAUGUUGUAUUUGGAGACAUGCCCUUUGUUCCCAUGGGGAUUUUCGCAUCGAUAGUUCCAGUGAUCACGCUCGGAUCCAUAUCCAAAGGAUGGGUCGUCCCAGGCUGGAGAAUCGGCUGGAUCACCAUGAACGAUCCUAAUGGCAUUUUUAGAUCUACAGGGGUAGUUCAAGCAAUAGAGGAUUGUCUUGAUUUAACUCCACAGCCUUCAUUUAUUCUUCAGGAAGCACUUCCUGAUAUAUUGGAGAAAACACCUAAAGAGUUCUUCGCCAAGAAGCUCAAAGCCAUGAGACGCAACGUAGAGCUUUCAUGCGAGAGACUCAAGGACAUUCCAUGUCUCUCUUGCCUCAAGAAACCUGAAUCUUGUUCUUACUUAUGGGUAAAACUUGACACAUCGAUGUUGGAUAAUAUCAAAAGUGAUUUUGAUUUCUGCACGAAGUUAGUCAGUGAAGAGAGUCUUGUCCUUGUACCAGGAGUGGCUUUAGGUGCAAAGAAUUGGGUGAGGAUAUCGAUCGGAACCGAAGAAUCAGAGUUAGAGGAAAUAUUUGACAGAUUAAAAAGUUUCUAUGGUCGUCAUGCCAUUUCCAAACACUCUACCAAACUCAAUGGUUAUGCCAAUAAUCAGAGAGUCGUCUCUGUAAUCUAAUUGUUAUCAACAUCAGAUUUUCUAUUUAUAUAUAUCCUUGUAACAUCAGAUUUUCUGUUUAUAGGCUUGAUACGUUUUUUGAAUUAUAAGCCUUAUUGCUGUAAAAAAAAAUAAAAAAAUUUAUAAGAAGGGUUCUUAAA